CGCGCCCCCCUCCCUUUUGCUGAGGGUCCCGCCCCGCCCUCAUACUCCACCGCCCCGCCCACCUCGCGCCCCUCCCUCUUGCUCCCAUCCCGCCCAUCUCGCUUCUCUGGCCCAUCGCCCUCCAAGGCUGGAGAGCCAGUGGUUGCUCCUGCUGCCGCCGGGAGUCGCUGGGGAGGACGCGUAGGGCGGGGAGCAGCUCCUGGCCCGCGUGAACUGCUGAGGAGGCCGGUCUUGGGUUUUCUCCACCGCCAGAUCCCACCCCACCGGGCAGACCCCACCCCCUGCUCCUUCCUCCUGGGGCGCGCUCUCGAGUGCGCGCUCGGAAGUCGGGGGUCGGCGCAGAGUGCAGCCUGCGCACCGGGAGGCAGCGGAGGCAGCGCGAUCUUCGCUUGGACGCCCACCCAUCGGCUCUGCGUCCGGCUCUCGGCCUCCAGCCCGGUUCUCAGCCCGGCCUCGGCCCGCAGCGGAGGAUCGGCCUCGGGGCACGCCGCUAGGCGAGUGCAGCGCGGCACCCUAGCCUUUACCGAGGGCCCGCGCACGGCGGGAUGACGGGCGGCGGGCGGGCCGCUCUGGCCCUGCAGCUCCAGCGGCGGCUGUGGCUGCUGCUGGCUGUGCUGGCGGCCGUGGCGUGCUGGGUCCGGGCGGCCAUGGACGAGUGCGCGGAUGAAGGCGGCCGGCCGCAGCGCUGCAUGCCGGAGUUUGUUAAUGCCGCCUUCAAUGUGACCGUGGUGGCUACCAACACGUGUGGGACUCCACCCGAGGAGUACUGCGUGCAGACUGGAGUGACCGGAGUCACCAAGUCCUGUCACCUGUGCGACGCCGGCCAGCUCCACCUGCAGCACGGGGCAGCCUUCCUGACCGACUACAACAACCAGGCCGACACCACCUGGUGGCAAAGCCAGACUAUGCUGGCCGGGGUGCAGUACCCCAACUCCAUCAACCUCACGCUGCACCUGGGAAAGGCUUUUGACAUCACUUACGUGCGUCUCAAGUUCCACACCAGCCGCCCAGAGAGUUUCGCCAUUUAUAAGCGCACUCGGGAAGACGGGCCCUGGAUUCCUUACCAGUACUACAGUGGCUCCUGUGAGAACACGUACUCAAAGGCUAACCGUGGCUUCAUCAGGACGGGAGGAGAUGAGCAGCAGGCCUUGUGUACUGAUGAGUUCAGUGACAUUUCCCCCCUCACCGGCGGCAACGUGGCCUUUUCAACUCUGGAAGGAAGGCCGAGUGCCUACAACUUUGACAACAGCCCCGUGCUACAGGAAUGGGUGACAGCCACUGACAUCAGAGUCACGCUCAAUCGCCUGAACACCUUUGGAGAUGAAGUAUUCAAUGACCCUAAAGUCCUCAAGUCUUACUAUUAUGCAAUCUCGGACUUUGCUGUGGGUGGCAGGUGUAAAUGUAACGGACAUGCCAGCGAGUGUGUAAAGAACGAGUUUGGGAAGCUCGUGUGCAACUGCAAGCAUAACACAUACGGAGUUGACUGUGAAAAGUGCCUGCCUUUCUUCAACGACCGGCCGUGGAGGAGAGCAACUGCCGAGAGUGCCAACCAGUGCCUGCCUUGCGACUGCAACGGCCGAUCCCAAGAAUGCUACUUUGACCCUGAGCUAUACCGUUCCACUGGGCACGGUGGCCACUGUACCAACUGCCGGGAUAACACAGACGGUGCCAAGUGCGAGAGGUGCCGGGAGAACUUCUUCCGCCUGGGGAACACUGAAGCCUGCUCUCCGUGCCACUGCAGCCCCGUUGGUUCUCUCAGCACUCAGUGUGACAGUUAUGGCAGGUGCAGCUGUAAGCCUGGAGUAAUGGGUGACAAGUGUGACCGUUGCCAGCCUGGGUUCCAUUCCCUCACCGAGGCAGGAUGCAGGCCAUGCUCCUGCGACCCUUCUGGCAGCACGGACGAAUGUAAUGUUGAAACAGGAAGAUGCGUUUGCAAAGACAACGUCGAAGGCUUCAGCUGUGAGAGAUGCAAACCUGGAUUUUUUAAUCUGGAAUCCUCCAAUCCUAAGGGUUGCACACCCUGCUUCUGCUUUGGGCAUUCUUCUGUGUGCACCAAUGCUGUUGGCUACAGUGUUUAUGACAUCUCGUCGACCUUUCAGAUUGAUGAGGACGGGUGGCGUGUGGAGCAGAGAGACGGCUCGGAGGCGUCUCUUGAGUGGUCCUCAGACCGGCAGGAUAUUGCUGUGAUCUCAGACACUUACUUCCCCAGAUACUUCGUCGCCCCUGCCAAGUUCCUGGGCAACCAGGUCCUGAGUUAUGGGCAGAACCUCUCCUUCUCCUUCCGAGUGGACAGACGGGACACUCGCCUCUCCGCGGAGGAUCUCGUGCUGGAAGGAGCUGGCUUGAGAGUGUCCGUGCCCUUGAUCGCUCAGGGCAACUCGUACCCUAGCGAGACCACUGUGAAGUACAUCUUCAGGCUCCAUGAAGCAACAGAUUACCCUUGGAGGCCUGCUCUCUCCCCGUUUGAAUUUCAGAAGCUCCUAAACAACUUGACCUCUAUCAAGAUCCGUGGUACAUACAGUGAGAGGAGCGCUGGAUAUUUGGAUGAUGUCACCUUGCAAAGUGCUCGCCCUGGGCCCGGAGUCCCCGCAACGUGGGUGGAGUCCUGCACCUGUCCAGUGGGGUAUGGAGGGCAGUUCUGUGAGACAUGCCUCCCAGGCUACAGAAGAGAAACCCCAAGUCUUGGACCUUACAGCCCGUGUGUGCUCUGUACCUGUAAUGGGCACAGUGAGACCUGUGACCCCGAGACAGGUGUCUGUGACUGCAGAGACAAUACUGCCGGCCCGCACUGUGAGAAAUGUAGCGAUGGGUACUAUGGAGACUCAACCCUGGGCACCUCCUCUGACUGCCAGCCUUGUCCCUGCCCUGGCGGCUCAAGUUGUGCCAUUGUCCCAAAGACAAAGGAAGUGGUGUGCACACACUGUCCAACUGGCACUGCCGGCAAGCGAUGUGAGCUCUGUGAUGACGGCUACUUUGGAGACCCUCUGGGCAGCAAUGGGCCCGUGAGACUGUGCCGCCCGUGUCAAUGCAACGACAACAUAGACCCCAACGCCGUUGGCAACUGCAACCGUCUGACUGGAGAGUGCCUGAAGUGCAUCUAUAACACGGCCGGCUUCUACUGCGACCGGUGCAAAGAAGGGUUUUUCGGAAAUCCCCUGGCUCCCAACCCAGCAGACAAGUGCAAAGCCUGCGCCUGCAAUCCCUAUGGGACAGUACAGCAGCAGAGCAGCUGUAACCCAGUGACCGGGCAGUGCCAGUGUCUGCCUCAUGUGUCAGGCCGGGACUGUGGCGCUUGUGACCCUGGCUUCUACAACCUGCAGAGCGGGCAAGGCUGCGAGAGGUGUGACUGCCAUGCUUUGGGUUCCACCAAUGGGCAGUGUGACAUCCGCACCGGGCAGUGUGAGUGUCAGCCCGGCAUCACCGGUCAGCACUGUGAGCGCUGUGAGACCAACCACUUUGGGUUUGGACCUGAAGGCUGCAAACCUUGCGACUGUCACCACGAAGGAUCCCUUUCGCUCCAAUGUAAGGAUGACGGCCGUUGCGAAUGCAGGGAAGGCUUCGUGGGCAAUCGCUGUGACCAGUGUGAAGAGAACUAUUUCUACAAUCGGUCUUGGCCUGGCUGCCAAGAGUGUCCGGCUUGUUACCGGCUGGUGAAGGAUAAGGUUGCUGAGCAUCGAGUGAAACUCCAGGAGUUGGAGAGCCUCAUAGCAAACCUCGGGACUGGGGAUGAGACGGUGACAGAUCAAGCCUUUGAGGACAGACUGAAGGAAGCAGAGAGGGAGGUUACAGACCUCCUCCGUGAGGCUCAGGAAGUCAAAGAUGUAGACCAAAAUAUGAUGGAUCGCCUUCAGAGAGUAAAUAACAGUCUACACAGCCAAAUCAGCCGGCUGCACAAUAUCCGGAACACUAUCGAAGAGACGGGGGUCUUGGCUGAGCGAGCGCGGUCCCGAGUGGAGAGCACAGAGCAGCUGAUUGAGAUCGCCUCCAGGGAGCUCGAGAAAGCAAAAAUGGCUGCCGCCAAUGUGUCAAUCACUCAGCCAGAGUCUACAGGGGAACCAAACAACAUGACCCUCUUGGCAGAAGAAGCCCGAAGGCUUGCAGAGCGUCAUAAACAGGAAGCUGAUGACAUUGUACGAGUGGCAAAGACAGCCAACGAGACCUCAGCUGAGGCAUAUAAUCUGCUUUUGAGGACCCUGGCAGGAGAAAAUCAAACUGCAUUGGAGAUUGAAGAGCUUAACAGGAAGUAUGAACAAGCAAAGAACAUCUCUCAGGACCUGGAGAAGCAGGCUGCCAGAGUCCAUGAGGAAGCCAAGCGAGCAGGUGACAAAGCCGUGGAGAUCUAUGCCAGUGUGGCCCAGCUGACCCCUGUGGACUCGGAGGCUCUGGAGAGUGAAGCAAAUAAAAUCAAGAAAGAAGCUGCAGAUCUGGACCGUCUGAUUGACCAAAAGCUAAAAGAUUACGAGGACCUUAGGGAAGACAUGCGAGGAAAGGAACAUGAAGUAAAGAACCUUCUAGAGAAGGGGAAAGCCGAACAGCAGACCGCUGACCAACUCCUAGCUCGAGCCGAUGCUGCCAAGGCUCUUGCUGAAGAAGCUGCUAAAAAGGGACGCAAUACCUUACAAGAAGCUAACGACAUUCUCAACAACCUGAAAGAUUUUGAUAGACGAGUGAACGAUAACAAGACAGCUGCUGAAGAAGCUCUAAGGAGAAUUCCCGCCAUCAACCGGACCAUAGCUGAAGCCAAUGAGAAGACAAGGGAGGCACAGCUGGCGCUGGGCAAUGCGGCAGCUGACGCCACGGAGGCCAAGAACAAAGCCCACGAGGCGGAGAGGAUCGCCAGCGCCGUGCAGAAGAAUGCCACCAGUACCAAAGGCGGAUCGGAGAGAACCUUCUCGGAAGUCACAGACCUGGAUAACGAGGUGAACGGCAUGUUGAGGCAGCUAGAGGAAGCGGAGAAUGAGCUGAAGAGGAAGCAAGAUGAUGCCGACCAGGACAUGAUGAUGGCGGGAAUGGCUUCACAGGCUGCUCAGGAAGCUGAGCUUAAUGCCAGAAAAGCCAAAAACUCUGUCAGCAGCCUCCUCAGCCAACUGACCGACCUCUUGGAGCAGCUGGGACAGCUGGACACCGUGGACCUGAACAAGCUCAACGAGAUCGAAGGCUCCCUGAACAAAGCCAAAGACGAAAUGAAGGUGAGCGACCUGGACAGGAAGGUGUCCGACCUGGAGAACGAGGCCCGGAAGCAGGAGGCAGCCAUCUUGGACUAUGACCGAGACAUAGCAGAGAUCAUAAAGGACAUUCACAACCUGGAGGACAUCAAGAAGACGCUACCAACAGGCUGCUUUAACACCCCGUCCAUCGAGAAACCCUAGUGGUGGGAGGGCUGUAAGGCAGUGUCCCUGACAGGGGGCCCUGUGAGGCCUCGGUGCCUUGACACAAAAAUUACACUUUUCAGACCCCCCCACUUCUCUGCUGCUCUCCGUCACUGUCCUUUUGACCCAAGAAAAGUCAGAGUUUAAAGAGAAGCAAGUUAAACAUCCUUAACCAGGAACAAAGGGUUUUGCCUAAUAAAGUGUCUCCUCCACUCCUGUGAGCACCCUACCGGAACUUUCCCUUGUUUGCCUGAAGUCACAGCAUCUUCCAGUGGCAUACCCACAUCACGUGAGCCUUUGUAUGCCAGGGCAGACCCAGCCCCCUCCCCUCUCUCAGCACCAGCAGAACCUAUCUUAGUACUCAUAUUUCUAUGAAGGAAAUGUUUGGCUCCUCACUGUAGCACUGAGAUGACCAAAUAUGUCCAGUCUGCAUCUUCUGCCUCCUCUUUGAAGCAAAAGGAAAUAAACAUCCUGUGCCAAAGGUAUUGGUCAUUUAGAACGUUGGUAGCCAUCCAUCAGACAUGCUGGCUGUUCGAGCAUAGGCCACUGAGCCAUUACGGGUAACAGUGUAGUUACGUGUGGGUCUCUGAGAAAGCAUGGCUCGAAGAUGCUUACAUUUUUCUCCUGUGCUAAUUGACUAGGAAGAUAAACGUUUUCCCAAUCCUCAGGCAGCUGAUAAAGAGUCUGGAUGGGCAGCUUGCACCUACCACUACACUAGGUAGCUUGUGAUAGUUUUAGAAGCAGGACUCAGUGCAGAAGAAACAGAGAUGUGAUAACCACUCACGUUUUUUCUCCCCCAAAUCUUACUAAUUCUUGGAGCUUCGUUAGUGUGUUAGAAUUGGAACUUAUUGUUAGCAUAUCUAUCAAAACAGUCGUCCUCUAAGGUCUUGACCAAUGAAAGAAAAGCAAAUCUCCUUUCCCCCCAUUUUCUGGGAAGUGGAUGUAACCAGUCUGAUUAGGAUUCCAUAAGUGAAUUUCUCUUUCUCUGUUGGAGAGAGAUGUGACAUUUGGCCCUUAGCUCCAAGUCUCUUCUGACAUUUCCAUUCUUUCAAAACACAUCAUUGUUUGCCAGAUCCUGGUGGCAAACGCUGCUCUCAGUGUUUCUCAAGGCGGUGGACCCCAUCUAGUUCCUGCGCUUUGUGGCUCCGCCCACUCUAAGCCUUUCCUCUGUGGAGAGGGAAGAACCAUGCAUGGCGUUUCCUAGUGGGCUUCUCGACCUCUGAUCCUCAGCUCUGUGGUUCCCUUAAGACCACACCGGGACAGUUCCCUGCCACACGCCCCCUUCCUCCUAUCUACCUGCCUCUGAGAUUCAUAUUUAGCCUUUAACACUAUGCAAUUUUGUACUUUGCGUAGCGGGGGGGGGGAAGAAACUAUUAUCUGACACACUGGUGCUAUUAAUUAUUUGAAAUUUAUAUUUUUUUGUGUGAAUGGAUUUUUGUUUAUCAUGAUUAUAGAGUAAGGAGUUUAUGUAAAUAUUCCUGGUCCUCCUAGAACGGCACUGUCCGCUCACGUCCCUUCUCAGUUGUCCCUCUCACUGGCCAGGAACCUGUGCACCUCCUCCCUUCCAUCCCUCUGAGUCAUGCCUGGUCCCCAGUGUUUGCUCCGCCUCUGCCUGUGUUUGCAGCACCUUCAUUGUCUAACGGGUCUAUCAGCCUGCUCGCCUCCACAGCCUGACCGAAGAGGGCUCUCUUCCCUGUACCUCUGACCAUCUGAGCUGCAGCUCCGUGCGGUUCUCGAUGCCUGCCCCGGAGCAGUAGCCAAGCUGACAGGGUAAAGGGAUGAGGAAAGUUUGCAGACGGAACCUUCCCGCACGGGUCAGUUUUGUAAGGGAACAUGUGAUGACGGAGCACUUGAGGGCGUGGGCACAGGGCUACUGAUGAGAGAGGAGGCUCUGCUCUGCCUGGCUCUGUUGGGCAAACGGAGAUGACCACAAACUCUCAGCUUGGCAUCCCUGAGGUUCCGCUCUUGCUCCUCGGAGGCCUUUUCUGCUAUUGCAGAGGCACAGCCUCACCAAGCUCAGUGCUGAUUGGCUAGUUCCUCUACUAUGAGGUCACCACCUUAACAUUCUGGUCACAGUUGCAAGAAAAUGGCUGACCGGCCACCAGCAUCCUUUGGGUCAGCUCUACUCCAGCGCUGGUGGGUGGGGUGUUCUGGUUGUCUUCUCCAUCGUUGUUGGUAUAUUUUUAAAAAGAAUUUUAUUUUUAAAAAUGAAAGUUAUUUACAAGAUGAUACCUUACUACACUCCUGCGACACAGCCAUUAUUCUAUUGUAUAGUUCCAAUAAUCUGUAUUUUAUGUAAUAAAAUGGACAGGAUGGCUGCUGUGGAAUGCCGGGUGUCACCCAGAAGAGAUUGUUUUAUCCUACCCCCACCUCCAUGGAAUUUCCCUCUAACUGUGGCCCUUUUAAAUGUGCCUUCACCUUAGCUGUUUGCCUUAACUCUACAGUCUUCCCCACAGGGAGGUUAAUAAAGCGCAACACUUGGCGUCUUUUAUGUUUAAAAAGAAAACAGUAUUUUAUUUAUAAUAAAAUCUGAAUAUUUGUAACCCUUUA